AUGACGCACCGCCUGGAACGCCUGUCGUCGAGGCCCGACGAGGAGCAUGCCCUGCUGGCUGGACGGCGCGACUCGGCUUCAAGCGAGGAGAGCACACCGAGCUACCACUCCACGGCCGAUGUCGAGGAGCAGCCCCUGCUCACCGCCCACGCGUGGCGCGAGCCGCCGCGGGAACCGACAUGGAAGGGCCGCCUGUGGGACACGUUCGACCUCCCGCCCGCUGAGCGCAAGCUGCUCAACAAGGUCGACGCGCUGCUGCUGACCUUUGCCUCCCUGGGCUACUUUCUCAAGAACCUCGACCAGAUAGCCAACAUCCACAACGCCUUCUUCUCCGGCAUGAAGGAGGACCUCGGGAUGGACGGCGACGAGCUCGUGCACGCCGUGACUGUCUGGACGGUCGGCUAUGCCAUCGGCCAGAUCCCGUCCAACAUGGUCCUCACGCGCGUGUCCCCGCGCUAUGUCAUCCCGACACUCGAGUUCCUCUGGGGCCUCGCGACGCUCGCAUCGUACCGCGUCACGUCGUACCAGUCGCUCUACGUCCUCCGCUUCCUCGUCGGCCUGUUCGAGUCGGCGUACUACCCUGGCAUCCUGUACCUCCUCGGCGGGUGGUACACGUCGCGCGAGAUCGGGAAACGCGCCAUGAUCUUCUGGCUCGCGGGAAGCGUCGGCGGUAUCGUCAGCGGCUUCCUCCAAGCCGCGGCCUUCAAGCACUUUGAUGGCGUGUACGGGCUCGCGGGGUGGCGGUGGCUGUUCGUGCUCGACGCUGUGAUCACACUCCCGGUAGCCCUGCUCGGCUUCUUCUUCCUCCCGGGCAACCCGCUCAGCGACACCAAGGAGUGGUGGCUUACGCAGGAGGAGCACGAGCUUGCGAUCGAGAGAAUGCGGAGGGUGGGCCGCACUGGCAAGAAGCCGUGGACCAAGGCCCGUGUCCACGCUCUGUUCAAGUCGUGGCACAUCUAUGUCCUCCCCUUCGUCUACGUGUUCUGGAACAACGGCGGGAUCCACAGUGCACUGCCGUACUGGAUGAAGACGUUCAACAACGAUCCGCCUCCCGUCCCAGGCGUCAGCUUCACCAUCCCCGAGAUCAACACGCUGCCACUUGUAGCAACGGGCUUCACGAUCAUCGGAGGGCUGAGCUACGCGUGGCUGUCCGACGGCGUGUUCGGCGGCCGGCGCUGGCCGUUCAUCUACACCGGCGUGCUGGGCUCGCUGGCCUUCGCGUUCGUCCUCAAGGACCUUCCGCUGUACGACGACAUCAGGCUGCAUUUCGCGCUCUACUGGUCAAUGGGUGUGUUUCACGCCGCCGGGCCGCUCAUCCUUGCGUGGUUCAAUGAGAUCCUCGCAGCCGAUAACGAGAAGCGCGCGCUGGUCGUCGCGCUAGGCAACGACCUUGCUUAUGUCGUCCAGGCGAUCGGACCCAACAUCUACUGGAAGACAAGCGACUUCCCCGCAGCGAAGAAGGGGUACAAUGCUGUGAUCGUGUACGCGAUCCUGCUGGCCCUUUGGACCACCCUCACGCUGUACCUCCUGGAGCGUGAUCGACGACAGGAGGCCCGCAACGCCGCGUACGGGAGCCCGCGCCUCGAGUCCGAGUCGGCGGUUACGAUCAGGACGUACCGCCCCGACGCGGGCAGCAGCUCGGACAGCAAAGCUAGAUUAGAGUAA